AUGUGUGUUGUGGAAAAGCAGGUUGAUAGUGCAAACAGGAAGGGCAUAUUAUUGGAGAUGGUCCAAGUGCUGACAGAUCUUGAUCUCAUCAUUUCCAAAUCAUAUAUUUCCUCUGAUGGUGGAUGGUUUAUGGACGGUCAGUGUCUCCCUCUUGAGUCCCUGUUCCAUGUGACUGAUAAAGCUGGCAAGAAGCUCACAGACGAAACCCUCAUGCUCCACAUCCAGCAGGAACUGUGCGCAACAAGAAGAAAAGGGGAGAAGGGAAGAGAAACAGAAGUGGGCAGUGAGAAAGGAGGAGAGGAAGAGAAGGAGGGAAGGGAGAUGACAGCGUUGGAGAUGAGUGGGAUGGACCGAGCCGGCCUACUAUCAGAGCUAUCAAGAGUGUUGGUAGAGUUGGGCUGCGUCGUUACCUCUGCAACGGCAUGGACCCACAACGACAGGGUGGCCUGUAUUAUAUUCGUGGAAGAAGCGUCGGAAGCUGGGCCCAUACGCGACCCAAAACGGUUGGGCCUAGUGGAGGAGAAGCUGGAAAAGGUUGUGGCGGCCCAUAGCAGAAGGGGAGAGAGGAAGAGAGUGAGGGUGACGAAAUUGGGGGCGGGGCACACCCACAGGGAGCGGCGGCUACACCAGCUGAUGUAUGCGGACAGAGAUUACGAGAGUUGCCACGCGUGUGACGGGGACAGUAGCGGGGAGCACAAGAAGGGCUGUGAUGGGACCCACGUGUCUGUCGGUAUAUGCGAGGACAAAGGGUACUUGGUCGUUUACGUCAGGAGCAGGGACCGUCCUAAGCUCUUGUUCGACACCGUGUGCGUGUUAACGGACAUGCAGUAUGUGGUGUUUCACGCCGCCAUUACUUCCAAGAGAUCCAUGGCUCAUCAGGAGUACUACAUAAGACAGAGCACGGGUAGUUCGGUUUUGCCCAGUGAAAGCGAUAAGCAAAAACUCACCCUAUGCUUAAUCGCCGCAGUUGAGCGCAGAGUCUCGCAUGGAUUGAGGGUAGAUAUUGGAACUGAAAAUAGAAUGGGACUACUAUCGAGUGUGACGCGGGUGUUUCGUGAAAAUGGGUUAUCCAUAUCAAGGAUUGAGAUUGGAACAGAGAGAGGAAAAGCGGUUGGAUCAUUCUUUGUCACAGAUUGUGCGGGUGAAGAAGUUAAGCCAAAUAUCGUGGAAUUGGUGAGACAAGAGACUGGUGGAUCCGUAGUCAUUGAUCACAACAACUCACCUCAUAGGCUACAUCAAUCAUCGUCUUCUUCGGUUAUACACAAAACCAAGGACAGUGUGGAAGCGAAGCCAAGACUCUCUCUCGGAAGCUUACUAUGGUCUCGAUUAGAACGCCUUUCCACCGGCAUGCUUACAAAAACAAUAUGCAACUACCAUCGAGGCUGUAACAUGUCAACAUACCUAAUCCAGUAA